AUGGAUGAGGAGCCGGUCUUUGCUUAUUCCAAGGCCUUCAACCUCAAUGGAACAGAUGACGAGCCAAAUAUAGAGGCCAUCCACGAUGAAGUCACCUUCACCAUUGCUCAUACCCAGGAUCCUGUUGUCCAGUUUGCCUCUGCCCGUGGUUUGACUCUCAUGAAACCCCUCUGGGAGUCAUAUUUCCCGGAUGUGAAGAGUCUGCUCAACUUCCACUAUUUUGAUUUGGACAAAGCCAGGAUUCUUGCGCAUAGAUAUUCGAACCAGCUUGCAAGAGAUGCCCAGCUAUCUGCCGCUGAAGACUAUGUAGAUGUCGUUGCCCUUACCGCCAGACAAGUCCUCGGUGCCACCUCCUUCUCCGGGACCUCGGAUAAUCCACUUCUCUUCCUCAAGGAGAUUUCUUCCAAUGGAAAUUGCCAGACUGUAGAUGUCAUAUUCCCUUCGUUCCCAUUUUUCCUCUAUACCAACCCCAGGUGGUUGGCGUAUCUCCUGGAGCCAUUAAUCGAGCAUAUGCUAAGUGGACAAUACCCUAACAACUACUCCAUGCAUGAUCUGGGUGCCCACUUCCCCAAUAUGACCGGACAUCCGGAUGGAAAGGAUGAGUACAUGCCUGUCGAGGAAUGCGGUAACAUGCUUAUCAUGGGUCUGUCUAUUGUCAACUCCCUGAGAUUCCCACCAGAGGCCAAUACUACUGCUCCCUGGUAUCCAGGCACCCUCGAGGCCCGAGAUGCGGAACCUGAUGUUGUUGGACUGUUCCCUCUUCGCGAUCUUCAGACAGUUGGUGGUAUUGACAGACUCGAUAGUGUCUGGGGUGUCGGCCCCGAUGCCACAAAUUUGGCGCGGAAAUGGGUUGAGAAAUCAUAUAGGCUUUGGAGACAGUGGACUGGUUAUCUUGUUGAGUUUUCUCUAGAGCCACAUAAUCAACGUAGGUUUAAGAAUCCCUACCGGAUAUUUAUGGAUCUUGCUAACUUCUUAGUCUCCACUGACGACUUUGCUGGAUGGCUUGCGCUUCAAACUAAUCUUGCCCUCAAGGGUAUCGUUGGUAUAAAUGCGAUGAGCGAGAUGUCCCGCUUUGUUGGAAAGACUGAUGAUUAUAAAUAUUUCAAGAACAUCUCCGAUACCUACAUCACCAAAUGGGAAGGGUUUGGGUUCUCCAGAGACGGCACCCAUGCCAAACUCUCAUAUGACUGGUAUGGAUCCUGGACUACUCUAUACAACAUGUUUGCGGAUGCCCUUCUCUGCUUCCAUCUUGACGGAACGGAGUACGAUACCCACCCCCGUACACUGGACGAUCAGGAACCAAUCGCUCCACCCCCAGGCAAAACAGGUUUCAUACCAAGGCGCGUCUAUGAGAAACAAUCAAAGUGGUACGCCAAUGUACGCCAGAAAUAUGGCCUCCCACUUGACAGCCGUCAUCUCUACACAAAGUCCGAUUGGGAGUUCUUUUCCAUGGCCGUUUCCAGUCCCUCCGUGCGAAGUGAAAUCCUCCAAUCGUACGCUAAAUGGGUCAAUGAAACCUCUACUGAUCAUCCUCUUACUGACCUGUACAAGACAGAAGAAGAUGGAGGCUAUCCAGGACCAAAUUUCUUUGCUAGACCCGUUGUUGGUGGGCAUUUUGCCUUCCUUGCUCUGGAGAAGGCGUGCAAUGGAAAGGCCACCGAUGGACUUAAAUUCCUGGAUGACAAGGAUAACAACUCUCCCGAGGAUAUCCCCGAGGAUAAUGUCCACGAUGGUGACGCCGAUAAUGAAGACUCUCAGUCCCCUAUCCAGGACUCAGAUGGCUCGGAGGUGAAAGCCGGAGAUCAAGCCCAGUUCCCCAUCCAGGACAUGGAUGACUCGCAGAUGACUAUCGUUAAUGAGAAUGACUAG